AUGGUCUAUCACGUGCACCCCACGUCACUUGGAGCUUUGGAUACUUCCGCGACAUUCUUCGCAGGCAACACUGUUCUUCUGGGUUUGUCUCGAGAAACUGUCACUAUUCUGCCUGCUUCUUUGAAUAAACAAAUCAUGUCGGAGGAGGACAAGAUGACCACCCCCAGCAAGCCUUUGGCUGCCCUGAACUCCCCUACCAGCCUUCGUGCCGAGUCGCCUACUACUGCACGCCCCAUGGAUUUUGACGACGAGCCUCAAGAGACAGGAGUGAUUAGUUCCUCUCCUGCGACCGCUCAGCCCGCUGCCACGGAGGCAGCCCCGCCAAAGCCGCCACGCCCCCUGAACCCAAGAGAACAAUCUGAGAACACCCUGAAGGAGGCGUUCCCGAGCGUCGAACCCGGAGUCGUCAAAGCUAUUUUGACUGCAAGCGAUUGGAAUGUGGAGCGAGCGUUCAAUGCCCUUCUGGGUAUGACGGAUCCCAAGGCCCAAGAAGAGAUGGCGCCGCCUCCAAAGCCUCCCCGCCCUACUCAGGCCACUGCGCAGCAGCGCCAGUUGGAAGCCGACGAGAUGUACGCACGUCAAUUAUCCGAGCACUACAACCAGUCGCGGCGCCGCGCACCACCCCCAGGCUGGGAAACUGACCCCAGGUACCAGCGCCCCCGAGGAAGCGAGGAGUCAGAGGAAAGGGAAUAUAGCUUCUUCGAUGAUGAUCUACCCGUGAUCCGCGAGAACCUCCGCAAGGGCUUUUUGGAUACCCAGAAGACGGUCAACUCAUGGGUGACAAAUUUAAAGAAGAGAAUUGAUGGCGACGAUCUGGACGAGGAGCCUAGCCAGCACCAAAGAGAAACCCCCGCGUACGGCCGGCCUCGACGCAGUGGUGACAUGGGCCGUCGCAGUGGGGAUCGCGAGCGUUAUGACGCAGACCCCCAGGUUCUUGGGGACGACUUCUCGGCCCUCGAGUUGAGGGAUGGUGAAGCUCCUCCUCCGCGCCCUCCUCGCCCCAACAUCAAGACCAGCGCGUCCCCAUCGCCUGAUAGACGCAAGGUAUCUUUCCAGGAGGGCCCGCCCACGGAGAUCGAUACUCUCUAUGACGCCCCUUCCUCCAACAAGCGCAACAGUUCAACCGGCAGCAAGUCAAGCAAGUGGCAGCCACUGUCCACUGUUGAGCCUUCCCCCGUGGCAGAGAACGAUCCGUUCAGUCUCGGCGAUAGCGACGAUGAGAAGGACACCAAGAAGGAUCAAACCACCGUUCCGGAAAGCGACCAACUCAAGAAAGCCACCGCUGAGGCCAUGUCUGAGGAGGUCGGUUCCAAGAAUCAGGAAACAGGUGAUACGAAGGGCGCCAGCAAGCCCGAAGAGUCGAAAUGA